AAUAUGAUCUGUGAAACUUUGUGGGGUUUUGGUUUUUUUUGUUCUUCGUUCUUAGCUGGGACUGUGAGUUCCAUUUUUGCCUUUUGCUAAAAGUUGAACUUUUUUUUUUCACCCGUGAUUCCCUGAAUAGAGUACAGAAUCAAAAGCAUAACAAACCCACGUUCAGAUUCUUUGUUAAUCAAAUGCUUGUUUGAGUUUCAGCUUAUUUUUUGCUUCCUUCCUCUGCAAAAGCGGCUAGUUGUGUGGUGAAGGAUCAACUAUUAUCUAGUGGGAAGCGUGAAGUUCAUUCACAAAUCGCAUUUUGACUUGCCUAAACAAGGAUUUAUUCAUUUGGUUGAGAAUGGUGUCAUUCUCGAAUGACGGUUUAUCUGAUCAAUGUGUGAAGAAGCGGUCAUCAGUAAAUGGUUAUCAUUUGCUGGAUUCUGGAACUAUGUCAAAACAUAAAGUUCGGAUAGUCUGCGGAGAGCAGGAUUUACCCCCAGGUUGUAGUAGAAAUGCUCCAAAAGUUGACUUGAACCAAAACGAAAAUGCUAUGGUCUCCAUCAGUGAAAAUAUGGCUGACACUCUGGUGGCCCAUGGUGACAAUGGUCCUAACACUGGGGUUGAGUUCUGUUCUGUUGAAGUUGCGUCAGCCAGAACCACUAAUGUGAUAGAAAACGGGUUGGAAGAACCUACAAGCCAUGACAAAUCGCUUAGAUUUGAGUUGUCUAAAGAUCAUAAAAAUAGUGAAAUGUCAUUGCUCAAGAAAGCAAAAGUCAUUGGGUAUGAUGAAUUAGGGACGGAAGUUGAUGUUGCAAGACACUUUUUUUUGGUUGAAAAUGUAAUCGGUAUGUACAAAGAUCACGUGCUGCAUCCUGGCAGUAUGACUGAUAGGGUGAUUCCUGUUUGUGAUUCAAAAACAUUGUCACUGCCUCAGUGUCAAAUAAAGAAUGGAAGUGUUGAGGAUAAUAUUUCACCCUUACCAAAGAAAAAGUACUGCCGAAGAGGAGUUUUUGCUGUUCGUGACUUCCCUCCAUUUUGUGGAAGAAAUGCUCCUAAGUCGACUAAACUGGAUCUUUUGGGUGGUAAUGAAGCAAGCAAGCGAGCGAUUCUGUUAAAUAAGGGAGUUACAGAAAAUGAAGUGAUUGAGACUUCAAAAAAUGUUAUGGAUACUGGGACACUGUCCCUGGGGUUGACCGCAAGUCGGGAAGCUGAUUCGUGGAGUAAGACAGAGGUUACUGGUUCCAAAUGCAGUUUAAUUGAACGAGCAACAGUUCGCGUUGAAGACCCAGAAGAUGUCCAAGAUAACUAUGUUAGAAGGAGCCAACUUGAAAGAACUGUAAUGUUGCCAGAGACAAUGACGAAAAAGGAGAGGGAUGAUACAGGAAAAUUUUUGCUGAAGGAGAGUAUUGUGUAUUCACGGAAUGAACGUGAAAAGGCGACUACUGCUAGACAUGGUUUUGGUUCUGGAGAUAAAAUUACUAAGCCAGUUGUGCAUGGGUUGAUGGAUGAGCGUUGUUCUCCAUGGAGGCAAAAGAAGCAAACUCCUAGGCAAAUUGUGCAAGGUCUGAUGGCUGAGACAAACAAGGACUGGAGGCAGAAGGAGCAAACUCGUUUAGAUGGCCUGAUGAGUAGAAACCAAGUUCCAAAGCCUAGCAUGUAUAGACAGAGGAUGUCCGUAGUUGUUGCCAGAAAAAGUAUUCCUAAACCAAAAUUUCCAGAGACUCUGUUUGGCAGGAGUAGAUCAGGUUUUGUUGGUGAAGCUGUGCCAGAAUAUCCAAGUUCACCGUUUUCCAAAAAUGAUGGAAUUCGUAAUUUGAAUUGUGAAGCACAACCUAAAGAUUCGCCUAUUGGUCAGAAGAAGUGUGAGUUUGAUGAGACUCGACCACCUUUUGGUCCAAAAAGUUCCAGUCGCUGUGAUGCUCGUAGUAAAGUUUUAGAGACUCUUCGUCUGUUUCAGUCUCACUUUAGAAAAAUCUUACAGGGAGAAGAAUCAAUGUCAAGAUCUGCAGGAGUAAACGCUAAGCAAAAAGAUAAAAUUAGAAGGAUUGAUCUUCAAGCAGCAAAACUUGUCAAAGACAAAGGGAAGCAAGUUAAUACAGGAACGCAGAUACUGGGAGAAGUUCCAGGAGUUGAAGUAGGAGAUGCAUUCCAAUACAGGGUUGAACUUUCUCUUGUGGGAGUUCAUCGCUUGUAUCAGGCUGGUAUUGAUUCCAUGUACAUUAAGGGAGGACUGCUGGUUGCAACUAGUAUUGUUGCCUCCGGAGCCUAUGAUGAUGAUUUGGGAGAUGCUGAUGAGCUGAUUUAUUCUGGUCAAGGUGGAAAUGUGGUUGGCAAGGUCAAAAUUCCUGAAGACCAGAAACUUGUGAAAGGUAAUUUAGCCUUGAAGAAUAGCAUACGUGAAAGGAAUUCUGUUCGGGUGAUUCGUGGAUCUAAGGAGAUCAGGACUCCUGAAUCAGGUGGAAGACCUAAUGUGGUGACUACUUAUGUCUAUGAUGGCUUAUACACUGUUGAGAAUUAUUGGAAAGAAAAAGGGCCACAUGGUAAGAUGGUUUUUAUGUUUAAGUUGGUAAGAAUUCCUGGACAACCAGAGCUUACUUGGAAAGAAGUACAGUCUUCAAAAAAUUCCAAAGCGCGGCAUGGUGUAUGUGUUCCUGAUAUUACAGAAGGGAAGGAGUCACUACCUAUAGCAGCUGUGAACACUAUUGAUGGUGAGAAACCCCCACCAUUCAAGUACAUCAAGAACAUGAUGUAUCCAGUUGGUUUCCGCCCUGCUCCACCUAGAGGUUGUGAUUGUAUUGGUAGAUGUUCUGAUGCCGAGAGGUGCUCAUGUGCAGUUAAAAAUGGAGGUGAGAUCCCUUACAAUCGUAAUGGGGCUAUUGUUGAAGUGAAGCCUCUUGUAUAUGAGUGUGGUCCUCAUUGUAAGUGCCCUCCUUCGUGCUAUAAUAGAGUGAGCCAACAUGGUAUUAAAAUUCCACUGGAGAUCUUCAAGACAGAUACAAGGGGCUGGGGUGUGAGAGCUCUAACUUCCAUCUCUUCAGGAACCUUUAUCUGUGAGUAUACAGGACAACUUCUUGAGGACACAGAAGCGGAACGAAGGAUUGGCAUGGAUGAAUAUCUUUUUGAUAUUGGCCAGAACUAUGGUGGUUAUACUGCCAACUCUUCUGGACAAGCAAACCAAAAUGAGUUAGUAGAAGAGGGCGGUUAUACCAUUGAUGCAGCUCGCUAUGGAAAUGUAGGACGAUUCAUCAACCACAGUUGUUCCCCCAAUUUGUAUGCACAGAAUGUUGUCUAUGAUCACAAGGAUAAGAGAGUGCCCCACAUCAUGCUUUUUGCGGCUGACAAUAUUCCUCCCUUGAAGGAGCUUUCUUACCAUUACAACUAUGUUGUUGAUCAGGUUUAUGACUCUGAUGGCAAGAUCAAGGUGAAGAGGUGCUUUUGUGGAUCUUCAGAUUGUUCUGGUAGGAUGUACUAGGAUUUUAUAAAAUUUAGCUGUUGAAGUUGAAUAGAGAGUUACUCUUGACUCAUUGUCUUUCUUUUGUCCACACCUGGAAAUAGUAGUGCUUCAUUUUGUUUAUCCUAUAUAGUAUAUAGGGUGUAUGUUCAUGGAGAAAUAAGCUUGUACGGGCUGACUCGUAUGAUCCUAUAAUCAGAACUGGCAAAUUUUUGCAUCAGUACUCAGCCUUCUUGUGUGAUCUUAGAUGUGCCUGAACAAGUUAAUUUGCUUUCCUA